AUGCAGUUCUUACGACAACGACUACCGUUCCUGCAACGAUGGGGCAAGAGCAAAGAUCCACCGGGCCUAUCAAGAAUGAUCCGCCAACGGAAGCUCAUGUUCUAUUAUGCUAAAUUGGCGUCGAAUUAUGGAUGGAUCUUCUAUAUAAUCGGCAUAAUAUGGAUUUCAUUAUUCCCAUUUCCCUUCCAUCAGAACGACUACUAUGUCGAUGAGAACGCAUUGAUGCCAGCUCAGACGAGACGGUAUUUUGGAUAUGAGGAGGCGGCUGUUGCUAGAGGCUAUCAACAAGCGAUGAAGGAUGUGUUUAGAGAUGGGAAUUCGAGUGUACGUGCACUAUACCUUCAAACCGAACUCGCUAAACUGGGAUUGGAUGCAACUCAUCAGGAGUUUACGAUUGAUGCUUGGAGUCAGGCUGUCUCUGGAGUCAACGCAUAUGGAAUAUUCAGAGCUCCACGAGGAGACGGAACUGAGAGUAUCGUUAUCUCUGCUCCUUGGACUCGCAGUGAUGGAUCACUAAACUUGAAUGGGAUCAGCUACAUGAUGGCGUUUGCGUCGUUUGUCAGGAAAUGGUCAUUUUGGGCCAAAGAUUUGAUCUUUUUAGUCACAGAUGAAGGAGCUAUUGGAACUGAGGCAUGGUUACGUGCUUAUCAUGGGUUGAAGCCUGAAUCGUCGAGCAUGAAAUACGAAUCACUUGAAUAUCACGGUGGCGUCAUCAUGGAGGCGAUUAAUAUAGAGUUUGAUGGUGAUGGUGAUUAUUCACAUGUUGGGAUUGUUGUUGAGGGCUUGAACGGCCAACUAUCAAACGCAGACAUCAUAUCCACCGUCGUUCGAUGUGCUGAAUAUGAAAAUGUUCCUGUCGCGUUGGGUACCGAAGCACCUGCUGGGAAUAGUGAUUACAUACCUGCGUUGAAGGCUCUGAUGAAGAUGAUUGAGAGGCAGGCUUUGGGGUUGCCUGUUGCUAGUCAUUCGUUGUUUCCAAAGUACAAGAUCGAAGCUAUUACGAUAGUUGGGAUUCGAGAUUCUAGUGGGAAUACCCCGUUGAAUAUGGUUACAAUAGCGAGGUUGCUGGAGAGCACAUUACGUAGUUUCAACAACCUGUUGGAACAUCUACAUCACUCUUUCUGGUUUUACUUUAUGGCCAGUCCUGAUAAAUUCAUUCCCAUCUCGCUGUAUAUUGGACCUAUAAUUGCUUUGAUUUCGCCUCUUGUCUUUCAGUCAUUGGCAUUAUGGUGGAGAGCUGGUGACUGGACAUUCGACAAGCAGAUACCUGAAAGUCCUCAACCAGACAAAGAGACUGGAUAUUUAGUUCGACCUCAGCAUGUCUCGAGUUUCACGAUUCAGAAACGAGAGAUGCUUGUGCCUGCUGGGGUGUUGGUGUCGUCGUUUCUGGGUGGUAUUGUAAUGAUUUACUUGCCUUCUGUUGCUAAAGCGGUGGCUAGAGAGGUGCAUGUUGAUGCCAUGCUAGUAUUCCUCGCACUGGCUCUCACAACAGACAUUCUGAUAACAUUCAUCAUCACGCCGACACUCCAAAACAUAACAAGUAAAUCCUUCAACACAAAACCCUCAUACGAAACCUUGAACAGUGCCAUAUGCUCCCUCAUGGCUCUCACGCUUGGAUCCCUCUCAACCACGAAUCCAUCACUGUCACUGCUGUUAGGUGUAAUCGCAGUCCCCGUAAUCAUAUCGCUAUCCCCUCAACACAAGAUUAUAAAAUUGAUCCUGUUGAGAUGCAUCUCACCUGUUGGGAUUGUUGGUAUUUUAGCUGGUGUCUGUGGUUGGGAUGUUGUGCAAAUGGGUCUGAUUAGUGUUUUGGAUGGAUGGAGUGUGCAUGGUGCAGUGCUGUUUCCGUUUGUGUGUUUGUUUUAUGGGCCGCUAGUUUGUGCGGGGCAUUGUGUAGUUAUGUGA